CGCGAUGGAGGCUGCGGCGGUGCCAGCCCGGCUGCGCGUGGGCUUCGUGGGUGCGGGCCGCAUGGCGGAAGCCAUUGCGCAAGGCCUCAUCCGAGCAGGCAAAGUGGAAGCUAAGCAGGUGCUGGCCAGUGCACCAACAGACAGGAAUCUCUGCCACUUCCGGGCUCUGGGUUGCCAGACCACUCACUCUAACCAGGAAGUGCUGCAGAGUUGCUCGCUGGUCAUCUUUGCCACCAAGCCCCAAGUCCUGCCAGCUGUCCUGAAAGAGGUGGCUCCUGUGGUCACUGCUGAGCAUGUCUUGGUGUCUGUGGCUGCCGGGGUCUCCCUGAGCACCCUGGAGGAGCUGCUGCCCCCGGACACACGAGUGCUACGAGUCUCACCCAAUCUGCCCUGCAUAGUCCAGGAGGGGGCCAUGGUGAUGGCACGGGGUCACCAUGCUGGGAGCGAGGAGGCCAAGCUCCUGCGAAAUCUGCUGGAAGCCUGUGGGCAGUGUGAGGAGGUGCCUGAGGCUUAUGUGGACAUCCACACUGGCCUCAGUGGCAGUGGUGUAGCCUUUGUGUGCACAUUCUCUGAGGCCCUGGCUGAAGGCGCCAUCAAGAUGGGUAUGCCCAGUGCUCUGGCUCACCGCAUUGCUGCCCAGACCCUGCUGGGGACAGCCAAGCUGCUGCAGCAGGAGGGACAGCACCCGGCCCAACUACGGACAGAUGUGCUUACACCAGCUGGCACCACCAUCUAUGGGCUCCACGCCUUGGAACAAGGUGGACUGCGAGCGGCUACUAUGAGCGCUGUGGAAGCUGCCACCUGCCGGGCGAAAGAGCUCAGCAGGAAAUAGGUCCCAAGCUCAAGAGGAGGCCAUGGCUCCUUGCGCACCUGAAUCUCCUGAGUGCCUAGAACAGCCCUUUGUGGCACACUGGCCUCCUUGCUGCCCAGACCCACCCCACCCAGUUCCCUCCUUCCCCUUCCCUUAAGGACCACAAUUCUCUUUCCAUCCCACACAAGUUAUAAAUGCAGAGAUAAAUGCAGCCCCUCCUGUGGGGAUCUCCCACCUGUAAUAGUGGUGACCUUACCCUAAUGAGCCCACCAUAGUGGGUGAUGUUCUUUCUUAGGGGCCUGCAUUUUGGGGUGGUUGGAGGCCAGGAGCAGAGCUGCUGGCAACAAGAGUAGCUGGGGCUGGUCUGGAGCGCUGCCCUUCCUCAGAUUUCUCAGCAGUGCAGCCAGUGCUCUCACCACAGCUCCAGGACCUGCCCAGGACCAUGGAGUCUACACAAGAUGCACCCUUCCCUCCUUAAAGCCAGUGAGCUUGGCCUGCUGCUGUUGGGAAGGCUGUGUGCCUGCUGGGUCCACCUCAGUGUUUGGGCAGUACCAGGUGGGCAGUGGGCAGUCAGAGAGGCUGCUCAGUGUCUGGGAGAGGAGACCCCCCCCCCUGCCAGCCAGAUGCCCUCUCCCUCCUUUGGACCUUAAGCUCCUGGCACAUAGUCAGGUGGAGCCAGGCCCUGGGAUGGCCUCUUGGGUCAGAAGUCUUGGAGGUCCUGUGGCCAUGGCAUCAUUACACUGGCCUCUGCAGGAUUCGACUCUGAAGUAUGUCCCUUAAGAUGGACCACAAGUCAGAAAAGCUAGGACUAGGAGAGGAGCAAGGCCAUGAGAUUGAGGGCUGGGGCUCUGAGGUCACUGAGUGGGGAGGGUCUGGCCUAGCAACAUACAGCUCUGAUCCUUACACUGGGCACCACCCAUCCCUCUGCCUCUGCUCUCCUGGGCCUGGCUUGCCACACAGACUCGGGCGUGCUGCACUCUCCCUUGCUUCCACUCCUCGCCUCUUGAGCCUGGGCAAAAGCACCUGCAUGCCUGGCUUGGGUGGCUCUGACAGUGCCAUCUGCUAGCUGGGUGAUGGCAGGUAUAUUAUGAAGCGGGGCUAGUGGCACUUAGGCAGCAGGGACAGGAUGUUCCAUCCCUGUGUGUAAUUCUCUGCCAUGCCUCCUGUCUCUACACUGUCUCGCUCAUUCUCCCCAAGACUGCUGCCCAGGGCAUCCCACCAAACCCCUUUCCCAGCCAGAAGAUGGCUGCUCUCGGUCAGUGACUGCUUAGUCAGACCCUGGUGCUUUCACUUGUCAGAAGAGCCAGCCUGAUUUCCUUAUCUGUGAAAUGGGAAUAAAGGACAUCUCAGAGCUCUG